CUUGCAGAAGCUUAGCUCAUAAAUAAUUAAGUAGAUUACAGUUACGUAUCAUGUUUAUUUUAAAUAUUAAGAAGGCUGCUCACCUAUGGCGCACGCUUAGCUAUUGAAUAUUAAUGUGGUCGUGCUGUAGUUGCUUGGUAACCUUCCAAUCGCAACUGCAUGGCUCCUGAAUAUUAAGAGUCCAUCCCUUAUCAUAGUAGGAUUCCUAUCCAGGAAAUGCAUUUCCAAGUAUCACUGUCACUGACACAUAAAUGGCACCGAACAGGACUAGCAGCUUAUCUACCACCGCAAGUGUCAUUUGAAAACUGAGAGAGUUCUUAAGUUGAUAUAUAUAUGCGUUUCGGAUCUAAAAAUCAGGUUUUGUGAAGCUCAGUAGGAAUGACACUUGAGAUACGUUGUCUAUCGAGUAAUUUAGGCGUACACGUAAAAAUCUGAGCUGCGAAUUAACUCUCAGGAAUGGCGAGAGGGAUGCGCUCGUCUCUGGAUGUUGAGUACAGUGCGGUGGGAGAGGGGCUCGGGAUGCGGGAGUUCUGGCUCUAUGUGUGGCUGCGCAGACUGGCUGUGGUCGCUGCGCACAUCAUGUCACUCGGCCUGGUCAUUCUCACAUCCAUACUGUCCAGACCAGGAACAAGUCUCUUCUCAUGGCAUCCUGUCUGCAUGUCCCUUGGGUUUUGUCUGUGCAUGACACAAGGGAUCCUGCUUUUCUCCGCCGACGGCAGCCCGUUCUGCUUUAAAUCGCGGAAGUGGAAGGUUCGUCUGCACUGGUUUUUCCAGGCUGUGCUGCUGGUGUGUGGAGCUACAGGAUUCGGAUUCAUGGUGGCCAGCAAGAACAUAAAGGAGCUUCCACACUUCACUUCCUGGCACAGCCUGCUGGGAGUCGCAACAAUGGCCGCUACCGUGCUGCAGGCGAUCUGCGGCGUCUUUCUCCUCUUCCCCAAACUCAUCAGCACUCACUCGUUUCCUCGGUUGAGACUGUAUCAUGCCACCUGCGGUCUGGUGGCCUACCUGCUGGCCACCAUCACCGUCAUAUCAGCCAUGUUUACAGACUGGUUUCAGGCAUUGGUAAGAGACACAAUCUGGUAUAUAUUCCUACUCCUCCCACUUUUUCCCGCCUUGGUGGUGAUGAACCAAAUCACUAGUGCCUUCCUGCCCAAAAAGAAGAUUACUAGCUGAAUACUAAAGCCUCAAAUUAGAGCCUAUUUAAGGAUCUGGACUAUAGUAGGCUUUAGAAACAACACUACUCUAAGGAUGUGAUGAGAUCAAAAACAGCACAAAUUUUGACAUUUUAAAUGAUGUACACUCAUAUAAGAUUCGACUUUGUCCCAAAUUGCACAUUUUAUGUGUACUUGCAGUUUUGUAGAGGUACAAGCAGCUGUAAUAGAGAUGCUUUUCUAUGAAAAAUGUUAAAGGAUAAACAUGCAUCCAGGCCAGUAGGGGUCAGUAUAAAGUCCAAGAGCAAUAUUGUGUUAUAAGACAAUAAAUCACAGCCAGCAAAAUGUUGCGUCUGAAAUCGUGCACUGUUCGAGUAGAUACUAGUAGAUUUGAAUUUGAUGUAGGUACUACACCUUUUGAUGUAGUGUUUUUCACAUACUACACAGUAGGGAAUGAUUCGAUUUUGGACGCAUCCGAAAUAGCAUACUGGCCUUCUUUAUAGUAGGUGAAAACAGUAUGUGAGUAGUAUGUCUGAAUCCACAGUUUUCAUAAUACAGUAGGCAGAAAGUACCAGGGCGACCUACUAACUUCCGGCAAGAUUCUGAAUUGCGCAUCUGAUGGACACGUUACUAUCCCAUGAGGCCAUGGGAGACUAUUUUUAAAUGACAAUGAAGCAAGGCAACUGACUCUGGUAGGUCACAUGAUGUUCGGGUUACAUUCAUACUAUAUAAAACAUACUUAAAAAAAAAGCACCUCUUCAGUGAGCAUGCGAUUUCAAACGCAGCCCAAACAGCAUUUUUGCUCCCUUGAAGUACACUUUCGGUAAGAGGAGUGAUCAUAUAGUCUUUCCAAUGAAAUUAAGUGACUAUAGACAGUUAGAAAGUGUAUAUAGAGAUUUUAAGGAACUAAAUUUGCUGAUUAUGAUCACAUGAUCCAGUGACUACUUGGGAUUUAUUCUGAAACUUCAGGUAAUUUCUUUCAGAUUCAAAUUGGGAUUUUAUUUAUCAAUUGCUCUUAUUUCAAAAGGCCUCUGCACUGAAAAUAUACUUGCAUAUUUUCAGUAUUUACAUAAGUUUAGUUAAAAACAGAAAGAAUGUUUGACUUUCAUAGUGAGCCUGGUGUACAGAUGCACCCUUCGUGCACAUUUAUGUAUGUUUACUACUGAUCAUGCUUUAACAUUAUAAAUGUGGAAUUCUGUAUUUACAUAUUUUUUGCAACUUAAUACAAGCAACUGUCUGUGCUUUGUGUAGGACAUAUUUUAUGUGAUGAACUGAGAACAGUUUUUGGGUUUUAUGUUACUAUGCACUGCUGAAUAGGGAGCCUUGUGGCACUGUGGGAAAAUAAACAAAAUGCCGUUUGGAUUGCAAGAAUAAGCUUAUUGUAUUACAGUAAGCUUGGAAAUGAUAUAUACAUCAUUGUCAUGUUCUUCUCUUCUUUCAACCCCCUCUGUGUGAGUUUUGCAAUAUUUUAGGGUGUUGUAAUUGAGUUUGUUGCAGUAUUUGAUUGUGUGCCUUCAUCCACAGAACUGGCUGUAUGAUACCGAUAUGAACAACAUGACAUAAAAAUGAAAGUUUUGACUUGUUUUUGUGUGGACUAGUAAUGCAAUGAGAAAUUUGUAAUAACCCAUAUGUGGUCAGGUUUUAAGAUUUUAAAGCUACACUCUUAUGAAUGUAAAAAUCGACUCAGGGUUGUCUAUGAAUUAUUGGCGUAUCGACUAAAAACUAUAUAUAUAUUUUUAAAUAUUUUACUACAUUGUAUGAAAAGUAUUUGGGGUUGGUGUGGUCAUUCAUAUGAACAGUAAAUGAUUGU